AUGCCCGCUGACGAGGAACGUGUGUCCACCCGUGCGGAGGUGUAUGACCGCCUCAAGUGGAACGGAUGGGGUGCUGAGGGUAUUCAGAUGCAGAUCGACGACGAGAACCCGCUCUGGGUGCGCCACUUGGAUGGCAAGCCCAUCAAGAAUUUGCUCGAAUUCCUCUACAAGGAGGUCCGGGGCGGAGUCGGACCAAAAGAGGUCCCGUCGCUGUCGCCGAGUAUUUCUCUGGACGAGGCAGUUGCAAAGCUCAACAAGCCGAACCUCAACGACGCCUUCAUGAAGGACAUCUUUGCGGUGCUAGAAAAGAGUCAAAUUCGUCCUGACGGCAAGAGCCGCCUGUACCACCUUGUGGGCAAAAACUACCGCGAUCUGUGGCGCGUGCGCAAGGGUAUGGUGGAGUACGCUCCGGACUGCAUUCUGCUGCCGAACAGCCACAAGGACUGCGUUGCGAUUAUGGAGCUGGCGCACAGGCACAACGUGGUCGUCAUUCCGUUCGGCGGUGGUACCAACGUGACAGGUGGUGUUGAGGCGGAUCCCUUCGAACGGGCCCGCAUGAUCGUUUCGGUGGACAUGCGCCGCAUGAACCACAUGAUAUCGAUUGACCGCGAGUCGCGUCUGGCCACCUUUGAAACCGGUGUGCUAGGCCCCGACCUGGAUCAGCAGUUGUUUCGCUACGGCUUCAUGCUCGGCCACGACCCCGACAGCUACAUCUACUCGACCCUCGGUGGAUGGAUCGGUGCCCGUAGCAGCGGGGCGAUGUCGAACCAGUACGGUGACAUUGAAGAGAUGGUGGUGGCUGUGAAGGUGGCUACGCCGACGGGUGUCAUUGAAACUCCGACUACCUCCCGCACGUGUGGCGUGGACAUGAACGGGCUCUUCAUCGGCUCUGAAGGCGUCUUCGGCAUCAUUACGGAGGCCACCCUCAAGGUGGAGACUAUACCGGAGAAGAAGCUGUACGAAGGGUACCUGUUCCCUACCUUCGAGGCCGGUUUCAGCGCUUUCUACACGUGCAACGCCAGAGGAAUACACCUGUGCACGAUGCGCCUGUACGACGAGGACGACUUUCGCAUGAGCAUGGCUAUGGGGACUGCUGAGCACAGCUUUCUUGAGCGCCUGAUCAGCAAGGGUGUCAAGUCCUUUCUCGAGAAUUACCGCGGCUGGAACCUGCAACACAUGAGCUUAGCGAUUGUUGGGUUUGAGGGGACGCCGAAUAGCGUGAAGUUCCAGCGCAGCGAGGCGGCGGCCGUCUUCAAGAAGUACGGUGGUGUCGGCAUCGGCCGCGGAGCGGGUGAAAGCUGGCAGGCGAAGAAGUACGACCUGCCAUACAUACGUGACUUCGCCCUCUCUCUCUCCCACUGGGCGGACGUCUUUGAGACGAGCGUUCUCUACUCGCAGGCGAUCCCGUGCUGGCGUGCGGUGAAGGCUGCUGUGCGGCAGGUGUGGAAGGAGCACGGGCUCUGCGGUUGGAUCGGCUGCCACUCGGCCCACCAGUACAAGUACGGCUGCUGCCUCUACUUCACCUUCGCCAGUGCGCAGAAGGACGACAAGGACAUGAAGAUCUUCCUCGAUAUCAAGACGCGCGCGACGGAGGCGAUGCUGGCGCACACUGGCAACCUCACCCACCACCACGGCAUCGGCUACGAGCACGUGCCGUGGAUGAGUCGUUACAUGGGGCCGAACGCGAUAGACCUCCUCUUUACUAUGAAGAAGAAGGUAGACCCGAAGGGCAUCUGCAACCCUGGCAAGCUGCUGCCGUCGCCGCCGCGAGAGAACGAGAGUGCCGCGGAGCUGAAGGCGCGCCAACAGAGGGAGCUGAUGUUCGACAAGAUGGGCGUUCCAGGUGCUGUCGCGUCACAUCUUUAA